CUCAUGCUCGUCAGUUGUCAAACAUGUUGGUCCGCACCGGCUUAGUCUUCGAGUUACCUGUACUUUCACCUGCGUGGAGGGGCGGGGUUUGAACUGCUCACUAGCCUGUGGCACCAACAGAAAGUUGUGUCUGGUAUGGAUUGCCUGUGUCUUUCCUACCUGGAAUGAGUGUCGGUGAGGAGGAUCUGCAGAGCUGGGGCUGGACUGACCUAUCCAGUUACUGGUCAGCAGUGUUGGACUCGGACAGCGAGAGCGGGACCAUGUCCAGGCACAACAUGCGUUGGGAUGAAGGCCUGCUGGACCGCAGCUUGCCUCUGGGCAGCGCGUCCUUCAGCGUCGGGGGAAGCGGCUGGAGAAACACCAGGGCGCUGAAGUCUCGUCGUUCCCAGCAGCUGUCCGUCUCCUGCUCCGAGUCCGUCCCGGUCCGCACGCCGCGUAAACCCCCCGGACACUCGCUCCACAGCAUGGCGUCCGACGCUUCGCUGCUCUCGUCGCUGCUGGACGAGUCCUCCAUCCGGGAGACCACUGUGGUGGACACCUUCUGGGGUUUGGACCAGGACCUGGACUGGAAAGAGAGCGCCGCCAUGGCGGAGCACAGCAGCAUCCUGGCCAACAGCACUCUGAUCGCAGAUGACGGCCGCCAUCCAGAACAUCCGGUCCAGACGCCGAAUCGAGUCCCCUGCAGAGACCAGGAGUCCUCAAAGCCCGCCUCCACCAUCUACACCCGAAACCGAGGUCGUCGGGUCAGAACAGCAGGCCUUCUGGGUUCCGUGUGGCACGCUGGCGUGGGCGCCAUCAGGCGGUGCCUCGCCGGCGUCUUUGCAGCCCUGCUGGUGUCGUACCAGCAGGCGCACAAACGCCAGCAGGUGUCAGAUGUUCUGCAGCUGUGGUCGGCCUCCUUCCUGUUUUAUUGCCGCUCGGUGCUGUCAAAGACCACGGGGGUCAAGGGUCACGGAGGGCCGGACUCUCGCCACUGCGGCGUCAUGAGCGCCAAGCAUCAGGAUCUCCACGGCAACGGACCUCUGUGUGAGUUAGCAGACGCAAACACGCACGCGGGUGCGGCCUGUCAGGAGAAGCAGCAGGUCAGCUCGUCUUCGUCGUCGCUCCGCCGCUGGUCGGGCGUGUGGACGCUCGCCGCCUUCACAGUGUGGUGUUUGGGUCAGCUGACCUGGCUGGUCUGGACCCUGACCACGACCGCCUUGUCGUCUUUAGACCGCCUCCCACGCCAUGCAGGUGGGAUGCUGGGCGGUGCGUUCAGGGGCUUCAGGAGAAGAUGGAGCGACUGUCCUCUGCUGACUUGGUUUGUCCUCUCGGUCCUCGUCCUCCUCCUCAGCUCGUGUUGCUUCAGUCCUGCGGGUUUUGCAGUCCCCAGUGUCGGCCGCUGGAAGACUUCGGUCUCUGAAGUUCCGGUCCUGUCCUCAGUCCACGGCCUCGUUUCCAGGUGGAGCCAAGCAGCAGGUGGCGCUGCGGAGGAAGUGACGGCGUCUGAGUCCACGCGUCUGGAUCGUCUGGAACGCGGCCUGGCGUCCCUGUGGGAGCGCGUGGAGUCUGGCGGGCGGCGAGCACGGCGAAGGCACGGCGAGCUGCUGGCUGUGUACUCUGAUCUCAAGCUGCUUGGCUCCGCCCACAACAGCAAACUGCGACUGAGCCGCCUGGUGGACCAGCAGCUGUCCUCGCUGGAAAGGAGACUGGACCAGGACCGACGGCAGAGGGGACAGGACUUGGACCGGCAGCAGCGCCAGGCAUCUCGUCUGGAUCAUCUGGAGGCCACGCUGCAGAACUUGGAGGACAAGAUGGAGGAUGUCCAGUGGAGGCAGGAAGCCACAUCCCCUCCACUUCCUGCUGCCGCCAGCGUGGCGGCGGCAGACCCGCCGUCCCAUGAUGCUUUGCUGGCAGAGGUGGGCCGUCUGGAGGCGGCGCUGGAGGACGUCAGGAGGGACGUGGAGGUUCUGACAGGGUGCCAAGAUGGCUGCCGCAGACUGGAUCAGAUUUCGGCACACGUUUCCGCUCAAGUCCGGGAGGAGGUCCGGCUUGCGCUCUACGGGAAUGAUCUGCGAGUGGACUCCGCCCCGUCUGAGCGCUUGGUCCGUGGAGCAGACCUGCAGGCGUCCUUGGUCUCGUUGGAGCGCAGCAUCCUCCACAACAUCAGCCGCCAACUGGAUCAGCGCCGCAGCGAGGCGUCCGUGACCAGAGGGGAGGUGACGCUGAUGGUGGAGAACGCUCUGCGCCUCUUCGCUCACGACCGCACCGGCCUGGCCGACUACGCCCUGGAGUCCGCAGGGGGCAGCAUCCUCAGCACGCGCUGCUCGGAGACCUACAAGACCCAGGCGGCUCUGCUCAGCCUGUUUGGUCUUCCUCUCUGGUAUUUCUCCCAGUCUCCCCGCGUGGUCAUCCAGCCGGACGUCCAUCCUGGGAACUGCUGGGCCUUCAAAGGCUCCACGGGCUUCCUGGUGAUCAGGUUGUCCGUGAGGAUCCUCCCCACCGCCUUCUCUCUGGACCACAUCCCAAAGGCCCUGGCGCCACACCGCUCUGUGAGCAGCGCACCAAGAGACUUCAGGGUCUACGGCCUGCAAGACGAGAGUGAAGAAGGCGGCAGGCUGCUGGGCUCCUACACCUACCAGGAGGAUGGAGACGCUCUGCAGACGUACUCCGUCACGGCGAGUCCUCACUUCCUGUACGCCACUCCCCGCUCUCCUCUCUCUUGACGUACAGUCUGCUCUUCACAGGAAGACAACCACAGAAGCUUCCAGAUCAUCGAGGUCCAGGUCUUGUCCAACUGGGGCCACCCGGACUACACGUGCAUGUACCGCUUCAGAGUACACGGAUCUCCCAGUGACGCCUGAACACAUCGACACCUGGCUGCCAUUGACUGAACUUUGUUUUAAAAGUGUUGCAGCUUCUUCUUUAGCCCUCAUUUCAACUUCUCAUCAAAAUCUUUCACAAUCUCCAACAUUGAGUUGACAAACUUUUUUUUUAAACUUUUAUUUUGAAACUACCGAGUGACCUUAAAUGCAAAGUUUGAAUGUGGCCUUAACUUUGCUGAAUGUAAUGUUGUAUUUAUUGUAUCUGAUGUGGAAAUAAAAAUCAUCUUUCUAAUACA